ACAACGCCAGACGACCUCAGCGGUUAAUGUAAACAAUAACAAACGUUAAAUGCUCUCUCUUGCAACCCUAGGUUGCCAAGCAACAACGUACAAAUUCAAAACUAGGGCUAUUAAAGUUCAAUGUAAUUCCGGUAUUUACUGUCAUAUUUAGGAAAGGCCGAGAUGACAUUCAUUAAUUAUUUGGACCGAAUUAGUAUGCUCUGAAUGACCUUUAGGGAGGAGACGGUGUCAGAGACCUCGAGGAAUGUAGUAGACAGACCCGUCCAGCCUUCCUUCAUCGGACACAUUUAGGGCAGAAAUGAUAUGAAUUCUGUUCGAGAACGGUAGGCUUAUUUUACAGGCAGUGGAAAGUGUAUCCAAUGCAUCUUUAAUCUUGUCUCAAACUGAUUAGCCUGCCGUCACAAUGAGUGAUAUUGAAUUCAGUGCCGCGGACUCAGAUCCUGUUUCUGAUGUCAAUCCAGAAGAAAUGGCAAAGUUAAUGGCUGAUUUGGAGGAUUUGGAUGAUGGAUUACCCAAAGGCAAACCCAAGUCAGCAACUUCACAAAAAAGUGAAAAAGAUGCAAAUCGUCGAGUGACCUUUGAUAACAAAAACUCCCCAUCCUCUUCUAAAAAAGAAGCCGCUAAUGAUGAAGAUGAUGAUUGGGAUGCCGAUGACUUACUGUACUCUGAUGAUGACACUCAUAAAAGUAAACCACCAAAGAAAACAAAAUCGCCAGGUAUAACUUCAUCUUCAUCAACUAAAGUUAUAGUCCAAGAAAAAAUAAAUCAGAUCCUGAAGAAUCAGUUCCAAAAGCAAAUGCAAAGAGUCAGUUAAUGGCUGAUCUCUUUAGUGACGAUUCACCCAAGAAAGAUUCUGGUAAAAAGAUAAGUACACACACCUAAAGCAACCA